UCCAGCUCAGUCCUCAGCCAGCACUGCCAGGUACCACUGCCCUGGGAGCAGCUACGCAGGGCUUUGCCCAUUUCCUCCCCCAGCAGAGCAGAGCCCCUGGCUCUCCCUCUUACCUGCCUGCAUGAGGACCCAGCAGUGCCCCAGUGAGUCCAGCGGGGCACACAGUGGAGAAAACUGCAGCAGCAGCGGGAGCUCCGGGCUAUCCCCGGGUUCGGAUUCAGACAGCAGUGGGGUGGUGUGUGGUGGUGGUGGCAUGAGAGGUGUCCUGUCCAGAUACUGGAGCUUGGAGAGUCUGCACUCUGCCACAGUGAUUGCUGACGGGGCGCUGGAUAAGACGGCUCUAACGGACGACGUGGGAAGCGAGGAGGAUCUGUACGAGGACUUCCGGAGCUCCAACCACCGCUACGGCCACGCCGGGGGCGGCGGGGAGCAGCUCGCCAUCAAUGAGCUCAUCAGUGAUGGCAGUGUGGUGUAUGCAGAAGCCCUCUGGGACCAUGUCACGAUGGACGACCAAGAGCUGGGAUUCAAGGCUGGCGAUGUCAUUGAAGUGAUGGAUGCGACCAACAAGGAGUGGUGGUGGGGGAGGAUUCUGGACAGUGAAGGCUGGUUUCCAGCCAGCUUUGUACGGCUGCGAGUCAACCAGGAUGAACCCAUGGACGAUUAUGCCCUGAAGGUAGAGGGCGGCAAAGAGGACGACUCCAGCAGCGGCCCCCGGCGCUUUGGGAUGGGGCAGACCACCAAAGACCAGAUGAGGACCAAUGUCAUCAAUGAGAUCAUAAGCACAGAGAGAGACUACAUCAAACAUCUGAAGGACAUUUGUGAGGGUUACAUUAAGCAGUGCCGCAAAAGAGCCGACAUGUUUACAGAAGAACAGCUGAAGACAAUCUUUGGGAACAUUGAGGACAUCUACAGGUGCCAGAAGAAGUUUGUUAAAGCACUAGAGAAGAAAUUCAACAAAGACCAUCCACAUUUGAGUGAAGUUGGCUCCUGCUUCUUGGAAUACCAAACUGAGUUCCAGAUCUACUCUGAGUACUGCAACAACCACCCCAAUGCCUGCAUGGAGCUGUCUCGCCUCACCAAGGUCAACAAGUACGUCUACUUCUUCGAAGCCUGUCGCCUGCUGCAGAAGAUGAUCGACAUCUCCCUGGAUGGCUUCCUGCUGACUCCUGUGCAGAAAAUCUGCAAAUACCCACUGCAGCUGGCUGAGCUGCUCAAAUACACCAACCCUCAGCACAGAGAUUUUAAAGACGUUGAAGCUGCCUUAAAUGCCAUGAAGAACGUUGCUCGGCUCAUCAACGAGAGAAAGCGGCGGCUGGAGAACAUUGACAAAAUUGCCCAGUGGCAGAGUUCAAUAGAAGACUGGGAGGGUGAAGAUGUCCUAGUCAGAAGCUCAGAACUCAUCUACUCCGGGGAAUUAACCAAAAUCUCCCAGCCUCAAGCAAAGAGCCAACAGAGGAUGUUCUUCCUCUUCGAUCACCAGCUGGUGUGCUGCAAGAAGGACCUCCUGCGCCGGGACAUUUUGUACUACAAGAGUCGCAUUAACAUGGAUGAUAUGGAAAUACUGGAUGUGGAAGAUGGGAAGGACAAAGACUUCAAUCUCAGUGUGAAAAAUGCAUUCAAGCUGCACUGCCGAGACCCUGAGGAGGUUCACCUGUUCUGUGCAAAAAAGCCUGAGCAGAAACAGCGCUGGCUGAAGGCAUUUGAGAAUGAAAGGAGACAGGUCCAGCUCGACCAGGAGACGGGCUUUUCAAUCACAGAGGUGCAGAAAAAGCAGGCGAUGCUGAAUGCCAGCAAGCAGCACCACACUGGGAAGCCCAAGGCUGUCACCAGGCCCUACUACGACUUCCUGAUGCGUCAGAAGCAUCCCACGCUGCCCACCACCCUCCCUCAGCAGCAGGUCUUCAUGCUGGCAGAGCCCGCGCAAGCCCUCGAACUUCUGGCAGAACAUCAGCAGGCUGACGCCCUUCCGGAAAUAGGGCAGCGCCGUGCCUGUGCCUCAAGCCCUGCCCCGAAAGCACUUUAUCCACCAGCCCUGGGAGCUGGAGCCCAGCUGCUCCCAGACCUUUGCUCUCAGAGGAUCACACGUGUGCUCCCGCCUUCCCUAUUUAUUUCGCGGCCCGCCCGAGCGCCGCUGCCUCCGAGGUGAGACGGCGCGUGGGAGCCCGGCCCCGCUCAGCGCCCGCAAGGAGGGCACAGGAGGGGUCCUGACACGUGUCCCCUGAAAAGCUGGUGCUUGGCAGCUGUCCUUUUGUCCCCUGCUUGCCGUGGCCUGGCAGCUGUGGGGGGCGGCAGCUGACAGAGCUGCCGGAGCUGCCGGCUCGGCGGCCCCCGACACGCUCCGAGCGCUGGGUCUGAGUCAGCGACACGAUGCAUUUUCCACGGAGGGAUGAGCCCUUCUGCUCCCUGCCCACCCCACUGCCCACGUUUCUCAGAGACCUGAUCCUCUUCCACCCCUCUAACCGAUUCAGUUCGCCUUUGCAGGCCCUCAGAUGACACAACAGUGAGUACUGCACCGGGACCUCUUCCCUUCCUCUAGCCCGACUGUAGAGUCCCCGGAACCGUGCCAAGCGGCCUGCAGCAUGAGCUAAACUUCAACAGUCUCUCUAGUGGGUUUGAGUUGCAUUCAGUUUAGAGAAAAACAAACACAUGUGCCUAAUCCAUACCGUACUCACCUCCUUUAGGCUGUGGUGUCUCCCUCGUCCUGCCCCGCCGUGGUUCCUGGCCAAUGAAAAUGCCCAUUGUUUGUAACGUGUUUGUUUAUUUAUGGUAAAAACCAGAACUGUGUAUUUUGUAAGUCUGUAACUGUUCUCGUCACAUGUUGUUAACUUGAUGCCUGUUUUGUCGGGUUUUUUUUGUUGUUGUUUGGUUUUGGUUUGGUUUUUUUUUUCAGUUAUUUUAAAGAAAGGUCAAUAUUUGCAAACCUUGCUCCCAGAAAUCAGAGUGUGCACAGAACUCUGCCAGAGCAGCCCUCUGACAGACCUGCCCUGCCACUGCUCUGCCAACCCAGCUCAAGGGGUAUUACUGAAGGUUUUUGACACCUCUAAAAAAAAUAAUGGAAAGCCACUUUAACUAGGCCUAAAUUUGGUAUCAAGAGCCUCAUUUGAAGGACCCAGGUUUCAAACUGUGGCCAAAAAAAAAAGUUAUUGAAAGCUUGGUUAGCAAAAGGAAAGAUUUGCCUUACCAUAGCAAGAGUUAGAAGCCAUACUGACUGAAUUCCCUAGCUUAGGAGACAUCCUGUGACAUUGGACACCUGCUCAUUCCAACAUGAUGCCAGUGUGACUGAGCAGUGACUGUCUGUAGAGCUCAGAAAUCCAGUGUUGUUGAUGCUGUAGCUGACCAAAGUCUGGUCAUCCAGGGAUAUCUGAAUUCAGUAGCAUGUACAGAGUCAUUCUUGCACUAUAUUAUCUUCCCCCCAGACCAGGGGCAACAUUUAAUUUCAUAAAGAAACUUGUAAAAGUGA